AUGGAGACUCUGUUUAGGAAGAAGAAGAGCGGGCCUCGCCAAUCUUCCGUAACUGCUAAUGACCUGAACGAACGAUCCUUACGCCCACUCUCGAGCACUUCUGUUGCCACCGUUCGUUCCGAAUACAACCGCAACUCACGUUAUACCCCCUCUGUGUCCCCCGUUGAGCAACACCAUCACUUCUCUAGUUUUUCGCAGCAGCUGCAUCGACUUACUACCACAGAUGGCUUCUACUUUGCCCGCCCAGACAAUGACGAGGAUAUUGACGCGUUAUUCCAAAAUAUUAUGAGGUUACGGGAUCUGGGUGACAUGCCUAGCCUUUCCAUCGACCAGAAAUGGCACAUCGUAUACAAUGACGAGCAGCUUCGAUGGAAGGAGGAGAAGCAGCGAGAGGAGCAGGCCAAGAAGCAGCACGAUAUAGGUCAACCGCAAUCUAUAGUAGAGGGUACACCGGAAUGGUACAUCAAGAAGUUCCUGGACAAGACCGUUAGUGCAAAACAAGCAUCGAGGCUGCAAGUCUCCUUGCGAAGUAACGAGCUAGGCUGGUUCAAGCAUUUCGUAUCCAUCCAAGGUACUUCCGUUCUCGCACAGACUCUUCACCAUAUUAGCCGUAAGGGUGCGCAGAGACGAAAGGAUGACAUUGAUCUGGAGUAUGAAGUCGCUAAGUGUUUGCGACAAAUCCUCAACCAUCCCUCCGGAACGAAGGAUGCGACGAGCCAUAGCAUGAUUGUCACACAAGUCGCAUCUUCGCUGAAUACCCCCAAUAUACCGACUCGCAAAAUAGUGGUGGACCUUCUCUCAUUCCUAGUGUACUACAACGACGGCCAGGCGCAUCACAUGGUUAUCUCUGCUCUGGAGGCGCUCAGCGCUGCUAAUAAUGAGCCAGGAAACUGCUACGCUUAUUGGUUCAAGUCACUGGAGAAUGCGCUCUCCGGCAGGGGUAAAAUGGGAACCUUGGUCGGUGCGAGUGAAGAGGUCAGGAGGCACGGCGGUGUUGAUAGUUCUCUAAACGACUACACAUUGUCCAACAUCAUCCUCGUCAAUGGUAUUAUUGACGGUGUCGACGACCUCGACCUCAGAGUACAUCACCGGUCGCAGAUGGAGGCUGCUGGAUUGCAGCGGAUCACUACUCUUUGUCACAGCUUUGGCGUGUCGAGCAUUGAGACGCAACUUCAGAUGCUCCAAGGAAAUCUGGAGGAAGAUGAGAGAAGAUUGAAGGAGCGCAUUGACCAGGAAAUCUUACGAGAUCUCACAAAUCCGGAAGAUGUGUAUAAUGCCUUAAGUGCCAAAAUCGAGGAUUCAAAGGCCAGGGACUAUUUCCUUUCAAUGUUACAACAUUUACUACUCAUUCGAGAAGAGGGUCCUGCCCUGGUCCACUACUACCAGCUUAUUGAUUCCAUCGUAACCGACGUGGUUCUGGACAAAAAACUGGCUGGUGCCGAGCAGAGGUUAGGACAUUCUGUUGAACGAGUCAUAGCUCAGUUCAACGAGGCAGAUCGUUAUCAACAGGCUGAGGAUGACCUGGCGAAGGCCCACGCUGCGGUGUUGCGACUUGGACUGGAGAAGGAAGCAUUGGAAGAGGAGAUUGCUCAAGGUAGUGAUGGCCUGGUAGGCUCCCUGAAGGCGAAGGUCGCACACUUGGAGGAAAAGCUUCGGGUUUCACGCGAGAAUACAUCCAGACUUCAAGGUCAGCUUGAAGCGCAGAAGACUGGUUACGAAGAACAGAUUGUUCAACUGGAAACUCAGAUCAUGGAGUUAUUCAGGAUGCUCAAAGAGGUAGGCAAGGGGGUUAACAAGAUCUUCGACAAUGCGGGCGCUAUGGAUCGGAAGACCUUAAUCGAGACGCUGGAGAAGCACUUUCAGCGCGACAGGACAAUUAGCAUCCUGGAGGGCCGUGAUAAACACCGUCGUCGGGUAGCGGAUGAUCGUACGGCUGCUCGCGAUAAUGCAGAAGUCGGUGAGGAUAACGAGCGAAUACCACCCAAGUCAGGGAGCCUCAGACGGCCCGGUCGCUCUUCAGUGAAAGAUCAGUCAAAGCCACCGAAGCCGGCUGGAUACGCAGACGUAGCGAACGGACAUACUUCACAAUUCAUGGACGCAGACGAUGCCAUAGUGCAGGCGCAAAUACAGCAACAGCUUGCCGAGGGUGCCAUCUACCCGAGGCGCGAUGGUCCGUCUUCCAGUCCUCGGAGCAUCAGAGGUUCACCCAAACGGAAAGAGCUCUAUCGGCCUGAUUAUGUGAUAUCCACGUCGAAAUUGAACAAUAUUUUAGCUCCAGCUGUGGAUCAUCUCGAAGGAAGCGGGCGCGACUCCACUCUUUUGAACGAGCCAGUUGACGAACAGGAUGUAGAGAGUGAAUUUGGACAUCCCUCUUCUUCACGAAGUGGGCCUUCAGUACCCACAGAAGCCACGUCCGUCAGCUUCUAUUCUGAUGGCAGCCGUUUGCCAGUCCCUGGAUCGUUGGCUGACCAGCUGCGAAAUCACUUUGCGAGCAAAGGUCGACUGCCACCAGAGCAAAGUCCACACCAAUCUCCUACUCUUACGACUGUUGCGGAGGAGACACCAUCUAUACAUACUGGUGCACAACUCCUGGCAGAGGAUUCAUCCUCCUUAGGAGGAUUUUCGUCUCCUCCUUCUCCUCCCCUUCCUCCUCCUCCGCCUCCUCCGCCUCCUCCGCCGCCACCUCCCCCAACCACAUACCGAGCUACGGAUAAUGCAUCCACGUCCCAACUGUCGCCUCCACCACCGCCACCACCACCACCGCCUCCACCGCCUCCACCACAUCUCCUUUUUACUAAUUAUACCGCAUCUACCUAUACCGCAUCUACUCCGGGAGCUGCUCUUCCUCCACCGCUGCCCCCGCCACCACCGCCGGUUGACCGCGCACCUAUAUUCUCAUCUGCAUGGCCGACAUACAACUCGAAGGCAGUGACAUCUCCUGUGCCUGGCUCAGCGCCAGGUUCAACGCGUUCGUCGAUGCUCGGUGCGAAUAUAAGCAGUAUUCUUUCUGCACGCAAAGAUUUGUCGAUAACUCCGAGUACAAAAAUGAAGCAACUUCAAUGGGAUAAACUUCCUCAACAACUGGUCGCAAAGACUGUUUUCCACGAGGAAGAACCUCUGAAAGAGCAGGAGUGGGUUAGGAAGUUGCAGUCGGAUGGUGUAUGGAUGGAAAUGGAGGAAGACUUCAAGGCGAAACAACUGGUCAUCAACUUGAUGGCCAAGCAGAAGCGUGCUGAGCUGAAGAGCGUUCUUGAUCCACAGACCAAGAAGCGCGUGGAGAUUUUAAUCCAGACUGUCAAGAGGCUACAGCCCGAAGAGAUCGCUAUGAAGAUACGACAUUUCGAUCAAGAAGUCUGCACUCAAGUAUUCUUGAGCGAGCUCAAGCCUGUUUUGCCGAACCCUGAGCAGGUUGGCAAGUUGAAUGUCUAUCGAAACGCUCAGCCAGAAGAGUUGGCCGGCCUUCACCCGUCAGACCGUCUUAUGGUUCAACUUAUCAAGAUUGACCGGCUUGGGCCACGUAUUGAAGGCAUGCUGUACAAGCGUGUGUUCGACGAGACAUGGUCACUCCUCGACGAUAGUGCAAGAAAACUUUCCGAGGCCGGAAAUGCCCUGCUCCACGCAAGAUAUUUCAAGGAGUUAUUGAGUCUAAUCCUACUUAUCGGUAAUUACAUGAAUGGGACCGGCGUAAAGGGAGGAGCCUUUGGAUUUCGAGUCAGUAGCAUCAACAAGUUGGUCGAUACCAAGUCAUUGCACAAUACGACACUGUUGCAUUUUCUUGAGCGGACCGUGAACAAGCAUUUCUCUGAGAUGGAAGAAUUCCUUGACGAGCUUGCUGCUCCAGCAGAAGCCUAUCGAGUCAACUUGCAAGACGUACGCAAAAGCUUGGCCGAACUGCGCCAGGGACUGAAAGAGAUACGGCAAGAAUUGGCGGAUCACUUUGCUGACAUGGAGCAGAACGACAAGUACGGCAAGCAGAUGUGGACAUUCGUGGGGAAAGCUACGGCACAGCUUGAAGACCUAGUUGAUGACGCUAACCACGCGGGCGCUGUGUACUCCGAGGUGGUCAAGUACUACGGGGAAGACGAGAAGAGUAUGAAUUCAUCCGAGUUCUACGGUAUCUUCAAGACGUUUGUCACCUCAUACAAGAAGUGUAAAGCGGACAACCAGAGUAUUACCGAGGAACGAAUGGCGAUGGAGAAGCGGAGACAGGCUGCUGAAGAGUCUAAAGCAAUGAGACAGAAGGCGGCAGAGGAGAUGGCAAGUCAAGAACAAGAAGACACUUCUGUCCUCGACAACCUCCUGGAGAAGUUGCGUAAUGGCGACAGUGUUGGGCGCAAAGUCCGAAGAGCCCGCGUUGGAACGGUUACUCGACCGACUCCUCCGCUGACUCUGAACACAGAAGUCCUGCUUGCCACGGCAGGUGGGGAUGACACUGCAGAUAUCGCGCGAGACAUGCUUGCACGAUUAAAAUCUGACGGAUUUGAUAUAACAAUGCCGGGGUCACCAACUGCUAGGCAAUCAAGACAGAGAGGAGGGUUCAAUGGUUCAAAAGGGAUUGUGCAGGGGUUGGAAAAUGGGAUAUCAGAGACAGAGAGAGGAAGUUCUUCUCACAAAGACUGCUCUCUCGUGGAGCCGUUCGGUGACGCAUCAUCAACUGUAGGUUCUGUGACUGAUUCGGAAUUGACACUUGUAGUGUCCACAAAUGAUGAUGCAUGA